CAUUCUUCGCGUGCAACAACAGACAAGUUCAUCACCGGGGAGCGGCUCUCCCACGGGGGAGGCGGAGCUGGCGGCGGAGCCACCUGAGGAGGAAAACGUGUGUAGUAUAGGAGUAUAGGCCUUGGCAUCAGAUCAUUGACGGGCGCCGGUCGAUAGAGUUCGCACGCGAAAAAAUGCCCGCCACCACAAUGGACCCAACGCGUUCCUCUAGCGACGUUGCAAUCGACGAAAGUCGCUUCUCGCAGAUGAACCUCGAAUCGUGGGACAUCGUCGUUCUCAUUUCCUACUUCAUUGGCAUGCUCUUCGUCGGAGCCUGGUCCUCAUGGCGAAGCAGCAGGAACUCGAUGAGCGGCUACUUCCUCGCCAGUCGCAGUAUGCACUGGAUACCGGUGGGGGCAUCGUUAUUUGCCAGCAACAUCGGGAGCGGGCACUUCGUAGGACUUGCCGGCUCCGGUGCAGCGUCCGGCAUCGGGAUCGCGGGGUUCGAGCUAAAUGCCGUGUUUGUUGUACUCAUCCUGGGUUGGGUAUUCGUUCCAGUUUACAUCGCGUCCGGGGUGUACACUAUGCCCGAGUAUCUACGAAAAAGGUUCGGAGGCCAGCGAAUACGAAUCUACCUCUCAGUCCUUGCCCUCCUACUUUCUAUCUUCACCAAGAUAUCGGCUGACUUGUUCGCCGGAGCAAUAUUUAUUAAACAGGCCCUGGGUUGGAACCUGUACGUGUCUGUCUGCAUUCUUCUGGCUGUGGCGUGCUUGUUCACUGUCGCAGGUGGGCUAACUGCUGUGAUAUGGACGGAUUUUGUCCAGACGGUGUUAAUGUUUGUUGGAGCUAUAUCUCUCACCAUCAUCAGUAUGAUCCGAGUAGGCGGCUACGAUGAGCUGAUGCGGAAGUUCGCAACGGCCGAGCCUCACGACGGCAGCUACGUUCGGUACACACCGGACAACGUGUCUUGUUCGAAAGUCACCGAGCAUUAUGCCAGCUUACUACGUCCAGCCACGGACACUGACCUGCCAUGGACGGGAAUGGUUAUAGGAAGCACCAUUGCAGCAAUCUGGUACUGGUGUUCGGAUCAGGUGAUUGUUCAGCGGGCAUUGUCUGCUAAGAAUAUGUCGCAUGCCAAGGGGGGAUGCGUCAUGGCUGGCUUCCUCAAGCUCUUUCCAUUGUACCUGCUGGUUGUCCCCGGCAUGGUUGCACGUGUGCUGUACCCAGAUACAGUAGCGUGUUCAGACCCGAUGCGUUGCAAAGAAGUCUGUGGCAGCUCCAAUGGCUGCACCAACAUCGCCUACCCGCUUCUAGUGGUCAGGCUUAUGCCAGUGGGUGCUCGAGGCAUGAUGCUGUCUGUAAUGUUAGCGGCACUGAUGUCUUCCUUGACGUCCAUCUUCAACAGUAGCUCCACCAUCUUCACCAUUGACAUUUGGAAGAAGUUUCGGAAGCAGGCGUCCGAGUGGGAGCUUCUCGUCGUGGGCCGCUGUUUCGUCGUAGUCAUGGUUGCCGUCAGCGUCGUCUGGAUCCCCAUCAUUGAGACGUUUCCAAACAGCCAGCUCUUCCACUACAUUCAAGGCGUCACUAGCUACUUGGCACCACCGGUGUGCGCUAUCUACGUUCUUGCCAUAUCUUGGACACGUAUCAACGAACCGGGUGCGUUCUGGGGUCUAAUGGUAGGACUCGCCGUCGGUCUGACCCGGUUUGCCUGGGAGUUCUCCUACACCGUACCGCCGUGCGGCACCGCGGAGCCUGAUCCACGGCCGGCUAUUAUCUCCAGCGUGCACUACCUCCACUUUGGAAUAUUACUUUUCUUCAUCACCAUCAUAACCAGUAUUGUCGUCAGUCUUCUUACUCCACCCAUCAAAGCGAAGCAUUUGCAUCGACUGACAUACUCAACGCGACUGAGCACCGACGUCAGGGAAGACCUCGGUAAACGCCGACCAAGGACAUCAAUUACAAGCAUAUGCAAUGGUUGCGACAACUUGACCUACAACAAGAGCACGGACUGCUUACAGGUCAACAACGUGAUAAUUCUGAAGCAACGAGAAGAUGUCAAAUCUUACGACGUGAUUACCUCCAAGAAACAAUUAUCAGGAUGGAAGCGUGCACUGUUCUGUCUAUGCGGAGUAUCUCAAAGCCAGAUGGACGCGUCUGAAGAGACCGAAGUGCCCGUGCUCACUCCAGAGGAAGACGCCUUGCAAGCAGCAAAGUCGUUGGAAGAAUCUCCUUCUUCGGAACUGAUCUGCAAUGUUGGGGCUGUGAUUCUAAUGUGUACUGGCGCAUUCAUUCUGGGCUACAAUGCCUGAUCCAGUUCCUAUCGGUACUCCUCCAGUAGCUGCUGUCAUCUACGCGUCAUCAUCCUCUCUUCGGAGACACUCUCCUGUGCGAGUGCGUCCAUUUUAUAUGCGUGAUUUUAGUGAUCUUGCCAAAGGACAGGCCAUGUCUACUGAGAUAUGUUCGUUUUUGUAAAGACAACGUGCGUUCGGUCAGACGAGGUUACAGCUAUUUAUACUUUUUACAAUGACUUUAUGGUGACCUAGACAUCGUUGAACUGACGAUCUUCGUAUUGCACGGGUGAAUGCUGAUUCUGUCUGGGACGGCUGUAGUUGGUGCAAAGACUAUGCGCAUCAAGCGGUCGUCAUCUGUGAUCCGAGUGCCUGCUGUUAACAGUGAGGAAGAAGAAAUGUAAAACAUCCACUACUCGUGGCAAGCAGUGAAAAUAUGUUUAUAUUUUUCACUA